AGUACAGUUUUUGAAUUUUGGAAGGAUUUUCAAUAAUAUAUUGGAUAAGACAUGUUAUUUAGUAUCAAUCUUCAAAUUUGGUUGAUAAUGUGCUGCUCGCUAUGCAUUCUUCAAGUAGACAGCGAUGUAGAACGUUCACUCUCUAGAAAAAAGCGUUAUGUUGUUUUUCCAGAAGGAUCAAGUUUUUCGAUUGCUCUCUGUCUGACCAUGCACACAUUAACACCCGACAAUAACAUUUUCACGGAGGGUGUGAAUUGGGGUAUAUCUUACGAUCUGCCAAAUGAGAGCAAACCUGAAUUGGAUCCAUUUCGAGAACUUAAUAAAGAUAAAUUCAAGAUAAACAACAAAGUCAGCCAAAUUUCCAUGGAAAACAAGAACAAUUAUGACAAAUAUGGUAGUUGGAACAACGACAAAAAUUACUAUGGGCCCAAUAAGAAAAAAUUCUACAAGCCUAACUAUCAGUACAUUCAACGACGACAUCGUAGAGAUCUCUACAAUAAACUGGAGGUUGUCAUGGAUGCAAUGGGUUUCGACGGAAGAACUUGCGUCCUACGCGCGCUGUGUGAAGCUUCCCAGCGACUUAUGCCAAAAGGAAACACUCUCGUCGAAGAAAUGAUGAGGAUAGCUUUCUCGAUGCCGCUGAGAAAGCUGUUCUCUUUUGAACCAGAAGAACACCACAUGUACACGAAUGCUCAUAAUGCUGGUCACAUGGGUCAAGAUUGCGUGGCAAUGUUCCCCGGAUGCACUUUCUCCCUCAUAGACAUGGCCUUGGGGAAAUACAACACCCCGGAAGAAACCCUCUAUAAUCAAGAUACUUCUGAACAGGUCACCGAAACUUCGGAUACCAGAAGGCCAACGAAUGUACGAUAUAACAUGAAGUAA